AUGAAACUCGAGAAUUGGCAUUCGGUCAUGAAAGAAUUGGGAACUGCGGUUGAGCGACUCGAAUCCUACCUCUGCAGCCUCAUCUCCUCAUUGAACUUCUUGAUAAAAGCCUCGAUUCGCCGGUUCAGCUCAUCCUGGCUCAGCGAAGCCUCCUGCCGGAGCUUUCCGGGCCCACCGGUUGACGGGCUUGGGCUCCGUGUAUUUGUCCGGUCGUUGAAGGUCUCAGCUUUCUUCAUCAUCUUUGGUGGCAGAGUCUUCUCCGCCAGCUGGCGAGGCCUGUUGUUUGGUGCCCAGGUGUCGGAUUUCAUCAUGGUUCUCGUUACUCCCAGCACAGUUCUCACUUCAAACCCCAAGGGCAUUUUGGGCAUUCAAUAUGAGCUGGCCAGUAGGUGGUCAGCGUCAGUCACGCAAAAGCUAAUAUGUUACUCCACAGUCUACACAGCACGCUCAUCUAUGGGAGACUGGCUUUCACAUUUCUCCGAAACAGUCGGCCUCACCCUCGCCGGAGAAUUUUCAGCCGAGCCUCCGUUGCUUGUGGACUUACCAAUCACGAACUCGUUCUCUUUAUUGCUCGUCACAUCUCUCACAAACGGCGUAAUUACUUCAUUCGCAUCUGCACGCUUGGACGAGUCGAGCUCCGAUCCUUUCCCCUGCUCCACCUCGGGACCGCUGAGUGAGAUGCCGUCGUACCCGUACUCCGAAGUAGGAUAUUCCGCCGGAGCAAUUUCCUCCUCCGCCAGCUGCCUCCGUACGGCGAAGCUCGCGGCGGGAGACGGCAUCUCUUCGUCGUACUUCUCGGACUGGAGCUUGGAGGAGGCUAAGAUGGCGAUGAUGAUGAAAUUGACGACAAGACAUCCGGCGAGAUCUGUGAUGGCCGGAGCCGAGACUUUCAGCACAAUCGCCGCUGAUAAAACGCCGGUGGAAAUUAGAACGGCUCUGAGGGACGACAUGAAGUUGGUCGACGAUUGA